CACUGAAGGCUGGGUGGUGGGUACCAGAGAAAAUGAAUUUGAUCGGCUAAUCGACUCCAUCAAAAUAAGCGAAUGUUGUGAGGCUUCCCCAGGAUUCUCUGGGGCAGAUUAACGGGCAAGCUGGAGCGGGGAUUCCCCAGCCAGACAGGGUCAAAUCUGUAGAUGGUCACAUCUUGCAUUUAAAAUCCACCCCGUCUGUGUGCACCGUUUUCAAGUCUGUGCCGGAGAGGACAAACAUCUGGAGGAGGAGCAGGGAGUGCUCCAGCUUUGCAUCUGCCAAUAAGGUGACUUUGUGCUCCAGGUCUGCGGCCCAGCCUCUCUUCCCCGUGAGCCAGAGCCCCACCGGCAGCUUGCCAUGCCCCUUCAGUCAGAGAUCCUGCGUGAGGUAUGGACCUCAGACAGCGUGAAUGAGGAACCCGGGAGCCCCCAGAAGCAGAAACUUAACAAGCAGCGCCUCUUGCCGGGGCAGAAGCAGAAGAAGAAGCGCCAGGAGCCCACGCUGGAAGCCAAGCCCAAGAAAUCAAAAGUAAAAAAGUUGGACAACCUGAGCCCGGCAGAGGAGUCCAGCGCCCCCUCUCAGACUAUCAGGAAACUGAGGGAGAAGAAGGAGGAGAAACUGGAGGAGGAGAGUGAAAAGCAGCCCUACCCCAAAUCCACCAAAGAGCCCAGGAAGAAGAAGGAAAGUCCCACAUCGCAUUUCAGUGUGGCCAAAGCCUCAAAAAAGAAGCAAGGUAAGAAGGACUCUGAGGAGGAGGAAGAGGAGGAGGUGGAGAAUGAUGACCCACCAAAAAAGCCAAAAAGGAAGCCCCCCAAAGAAAUCCCAGCUGGAGAAAGCAGGGAGAGAAAACCCAAGCCGAAAGGAGACAAAAGUGAUUGCGAUGCCAAGCCCAGAGCUGCCAAGCCCAUGAAGAAGGAGCCGACGUCCAUGUUCCAAGUGAGCAGGGACAAGAAGGAGAGAAAAGGCAAAAAGAAAGCCCCAGCUUUCACAAACAGCGAGGAGGAAGACGACUCUGAUUCCAGCACCAAGCCAAUCAAACCCAACACAAAAAAGGACACGGCUUCCAUGUUCCAGGCGGGAGGCGACAGCCACAAAGAGAAGAAGACCAAAAAGAAAGCUCUCCCCAAAGCCGCCAGAGAGGGGAGUGAGGGAGAGGCCUCGGAAAGCCCUCAGAAGAACUCCAAUAGGAAAGGGAAAGGGAAGAAAUCCAAGAAGAAAGAGGAGAGGCCGCCAUCCCCUGUCAUCGAAGUGGACAACCUGGAAGACUUUGUGCUGCGGCCGGCUCCUCAGGGGGUAACCAUCAAGUGUCGGGUCACUCGAGACAAGAAGGGGAUGGACCGGGGCCUCUAUCCUACAUAUUACUUGCACCUGGACAACGAGAAAAAGGUGUUCCUGUUGGCUGGUCGGAAGCGGAAAAAGAGCAAGACCUCAAACUACCUGAUUUCCAUUGAUCCCACUGAUUUGUCCCGAGGCGGAGAGAACUUCAUUGGGAAGCUGAGAUCCAAUUUAAUGGGGACUAAGUUUACUGUGUUUGAUAACGGUGUGAACCCCGACAGAGCAAACGCCGACUGGUCAAACGUGCGACAGGAGCUGUCAGCCGUCGUGUAUGAGACAAACGUUUUAGGGUUCAAAGGACCCCGGAAGAUGACUGUGAUCAUCCCUGGAAUGAAUUCGGACAAUGAGCGGGUGCCAAUCCGGCCCCGAAACGAUAACGAUGGGCUGCUUACGAGAUGGCAGAACAAGAACAUGGACAACCUGAUUGAGCUGCACAACAAGGCCCCGGUAUGGAAUGACGAGACCCAGUCUUACGUCCUGAACUUCCACGGCAGAGUCACCCACGCCUCCGUCAAGAACUUCCAGAUUGUGCACAGCAACGAUCCUGACUACAUUGUGAUGCAGUUCGGCCGCGUGGCGGACGAUGCUUUCACCAUGGACUACAACUACCCUAUGUGCACUGUGCAGGCUUUCGCCAUUGCCCUGUCCAGCUUUGAUGGGAAGCUGGCCUGUGAAUAACAUGCCUGGGAGCCCUACGUCCCUGAGCCGCACUGAGCCUAGGCCAGAUGGAGGGGCAACAUUGCCAGCUGGAGCAGCUGAGCUAGGCAGGGGUUCGCCUACAAUACGGGGAUCUGUGCUGACACUCGAGAACCCAUGAAUCACUCUGCGGAUGUGAAUAACAGCUGGACUGGUGUUACUAAUGUUACCUGUCCACAUCUGGAGAGUGGAGUGGAAUGAGACCAAGUGGAGUCGUUAAAUGCAAAUACAUAUCCACUGAUUAGGGUGUAGAAGGUCAGAUAUCACACAGUCACCAUUCCGUCUUCCUCAGCUUCCACCCUGAUGGAGGAGAUGGCCCCAAGCACUGCAGAUACGCUCUUUUAAGCUAUAGUGGGUUGGAUCGUUACGGUAGAAUACCAGAUACUUUUUGUACUCUUGUCUCCAUUGAGUCUGUGGGUGGUUCAGAACUGGCCACUGGUCCCAGACCACAAAGCACAAUUGCUCCCUCUAUAUGUUUAGCGGAUGAGCCCGACAGUUGCUCUGACUUCAGGAAGUUCCUCGGAAUCCCUGAAAUACUUUGAUUUUUUUAGAUUCUGUUUUAUAGAUUGUAGCAUUAGGUUUAAAUGACACAGGUGGGGGAGCAGGUUGUUUUAAUUUGUUUUCUUUGUACUGAUAAUGGUUAAUAAAUGAAGAACUGUGGGACAAGUCUC